AUGGAUCUAGGGUUUGCUUAUGCAAUUGGAUUCCUUAUGUUGCCUCUUGAGCCCACACAGUAUGCCAUAAAGCUUACAAUCUUAUAUCAUGGGCUUGUGUUUUAUGUCCUGAGUCCAGCACUUGUUGGGAGCAGCUUGGCAAAAUUCGUAACAUUAAGAAGCUUGCUUGAGCUGUGGUUCAUGCCACUAAAUGUUCUCAUCACCUUUAUCAUUGGCUCAGUGCUUGGAUGGUUGCUUGUAAAAAUUACCAAUGCUCCUAAACGUAUGCGGGGCAUGAUCGUGGGAUCUUGUGCUGCAGGAAAUCUGGGCGCCAUUCCUCUCAUACUGAUCCCAGCUGUCUGCAAGGAAAAAGGAAGUCCAUUUGGAGAUUCUAAUUCCUGUAACACGCGCGGUCUGGCAUAUGCUUCGCUCUCUAUGGCUAUUGGUGCCAUCUAUCUGUGGUCAUAUGUGUACCAUAUUGUGCGUGUAUAUUCAUCAAGUAAGUAUUCUGAUGAACCCAAACUGGAUGAAUUGCCGAAGGGUGCGGAGUCUGCUGGAGAAACAACAGAAAACCUUCCAAAAUGCCGCACAGGGCCCCUCCUCCCUUUAAAAGAGCCCUCGCUUGAAGAGGGUCAUAUGGAGCGCUUGGAGCUUGAUUGUGUAGUGCCACAGGAGAAGGCCAAGGAGCCAUUUCCGAGGAACGUUAAGCAGGGAUUUCAGAAGGUUAUAAAGGAACUCAACUUGAGGAGAUUGUUUUCGCCUAUAAUUAACGGAGCGAUUGUUGGAUUUAUUAUUGGUGUCGUCCCCCCGUUCCAAAAAGCCUUUAUUGGUGACAAUGCCCCUCUUCAUGUGGUCGAAGACUCCGCGUACUUUCUCGGGGAGGCAGCCAUUCCAUCUGUCACUUUGAUCAUGGGAGCAAAUCUUCUGGAGGGUUUGAAAGGGUCAAAGGUGCCGCUCAUGGUGAUUAUCGGUAUAGUAGCAGUCCGGUAUAUUAUCUUGCCAAUUUCGGGAGCUCUUAUCAUUAAAUAUGCAGUCCGUUUUGGCUUGUUGCACUCUGACCCGCUGUAUCAGUUUGUUCUUCUGCUUCAAUUUGCACUUCCUCCAGCAAUCGGCAUAGGUACGAUGACCCAGUUGUUUGGAGCUGGCCAAACCGAAUGCUCUGUGAUCAUGCUAUACACCUAUUCCUUGGCCACCAUUUCACUAACACUUUGGUCAGCGUUCUUCAUCUGGUUUGUCAGAUAAUUGCCACCUGCCUCUUUGAUCUCUUUCGACAUGAUGAUCAGUCAAUGCAUUAUCAGCUAGCAGAGUUGCUUCAUUAGUUUUCUGCAAAUACGCACGUAAAUAAAGAGAUUACGCACUGUAUCUCAAGGUUUUAAAACAGGACAUUAAUAUCAAAAUUUGCUGCAAGUAUAUUAUACAAAUGCAAUAAGAAAAACAAAUCCUUGUACUUUUAA